AUGGGGAGCACGGAGAAAUUGAUGAACCAGAUCAUGGAGCUGAAGUUCACGGCCAAGAGCCUGCAACGCCAGGCGAGGAAGUGCGAGAAGGAAGAAAAGGCCGAAAAGCUCAAGGUCAAGAAGGCGAUCGAGAAGGGCAACAUGGACGGCGCUCGGAUUUACGCCGAGAACGCUAUCCGCAAGCGCAACGAGCAGAUGAAUUACCUCCGUCUCGCCUCCCGCCUCGACGCUGUCGUUGCUAGGCUCGACACGCAGGCCAAGAUGUCCACCAUUAGCAAGUCUAUGGGGUCGAUUGUCAAGUCUCUUGAGUCAUCGCUCAACUCCGGCAACCUCCAGAAGAUGUCGGAGACGAUGGACCACUUCGAACGCCAGUUUGUUAACAUGGAGGUGCAGGCCGAGUUUAUGGAGAGCUCCAUGGCCGGGAGCACCUCGCUGUCGACUCCGGAGGGCGAGGUCAACAGCUUGAUGCAGCAGGUCGCCGACGAUUAUGGUCUGGAGGUCUCGACCGGGCUGCCCCAGCCGGCUGCUCAUGCGGUGUCGGUGAAGACGUCGGAGAAGGUCGACGAGGACGACUUGUCCAGGCGUCUUGCAGAGCUCAAGGCCCGUGGGUAA